GUUUUGUCGGGAGGUGAACUUAUUUUUUUAUUACGGGAGUCAUCUCGAAGUAUGGAAUAUCAGAAAAACGGAGCUACGGCAGCAGCAACAGCGACGUCCGAACCGGGUUCCAAACUGCUUAUAUUAUUAUUAUUACAUUUAACAUACGGCGACGAGGGAGCGUUAUAUAAUCAAGGAUUCUACACCAAAAAAUAAAUGCAACAUCCGCAUGCUGCAUGCAUGCAUACAUACAUUUAUGCAUACUCGAUCGGGUUUUUUAGCAUGGAAUUCUUGUCCAAGUGGUGUUUGUAACGUAAUAGUUAGUCAGUUGUGGAAGAGCUGCUAAAAGGAUUGGAUAUCCUCCCACAUUUUGAGUGGAUGGAUAGCAUUGUAAAAGAUAAACAAGAAGCAAGCUUUGUAGUAAUAUAUUCAUCAAUAUAUGUACAGUGCCAAACCACUGCUUGACUUACUUGGCUUGAUUAUGCACAAAAACCAAGCAGUACUAAUGUAAUAACGUAUCUGCAGAAGUUGUAUGUGUCAGUUACUUUUACAGACUUGUCUUUAGUGCAGCUAUUACGUAUCCCAGUUCCAGAUUUCUUCAUGUGUCAGCUGGAUUGUAAGAUCAGUUGUAAUUGCAGAGAGCUUGACUUAAGAUCUCUUUAUGGCUAGUGAAAAUAAUCCUAUGCAUAUAACGUGGAAGACUUUAAAAGUGUUUGUGAAACUUCUGGGGACAAUUAUUUUAGGAGAAUAAUGCGUAAAAUGCAUUAUGCAUUUCAGAGUCUGAAAUUCAGACAGAGCAGCAGCAGGAGACUCCGAGUUUUGGCUUGGUACAAGUAACGCAACACCAAGGAUGACAAAACACUAUUAAAAAAGUUAUGAAAUAAAAAACAUAAAAUUGAGUUGUGACAAAAAUGCUAUUUAAAAUGCAAAUUAACAUCUAGCUCAAUUUACACUAGCAUAUGAAACAUGUAUUAAAAUCUCUUAAUCUUUGUUACCGUCGUCAUAAAUGUGUUUAUUCUUCUGCUCACGUGAAUCUGAAUCAACAAUACAUAAUGUUUCUUUUAACAUCAUGCAGUGUAUGUAUAAUUGACUUGAAUUGAGUGCAACCUAUGCUGCAUAGAUAAUAAUAAUAAUAAACUUUCCGUGCUGUUUCUACUGUAAAAUUUAAAUUAUUAACUAACAUCAAAAAUAUUAGUGAUUUUAAAAUUCAAGUGCAACAAUACUUGUAGUGGGGAGAAGAAUACAUUUCAGGAUUGAUACUAUCCUUCUGAUGUGCAGAAAGACCUAGACAGAGGCAAAUAUGGUAUGAAUUAUGAAUCAAUGUGAGUUGUAUAUCAAGAUCUUGUCGACUUUUGGUGAAAGCAAGGCUCAGCCACUCAACUUUCUAUCCUCUUAUUUUGCUACCUCUCUCGGUCGUCGUCUUUGCACUGAUAUGGGAACCCUUGUUGUAAAACGCGAUAACAAUAACAAUCAGGAGGCUGCGAGAACAAGAGGAGACGACGACGGGAAGAAAUGGUUCAUGGUUUGACAUUUUGGAAUUAUUACCCACCUUGUGAAAGCACAAACUUUCCCCUUGCUUUCCUUCCCUUGUGAAUGUGAAUCAUCAAUUUUUUCACCACCACCACCACCACCCGCAUCAUUAUCAACAGACGGGAACGUCCAUCGACCUGAUUCCAGAGAUUCAUUCAUGACUAUGAACGACGACUGACUACCAUUUUCAUAGUUCAUAAUCUACAAGAAAAUCUGGUAUUUAAGGAUAAGUCGAAGGAGAAGAGCAUCCGCAUUUAUUCCAAUCACGCUUCUUCAGCUCAUAACGCUAUUAAAGGUCCAAUCGGUGAGAAAGGAUGAAGGGCUGCUCAAAGUGCUCGAGCCCCACAGCAUAGGAAAUGCCGAGUAUUGGAAGUGGGGAGCAGGGCGGCGUGGGGGGAGUGGUUCGGAUCAUCGGGGCGAAAGAGGAACCUCCCAUCUCGGCCAUCCUCCUCAUCCGCGUCUUUCUCCCCGUCGUCCUCGUCGCGUGUUCCAUUGUUCGUCCAUGCGCUUCAUCUUUCCUUUACCUUCUCUUGUAUUUGUGUCUUCCGUUUGUUGGGAUAAAGUUGAGAGGAUACUUAAGAAUUCUUUUGGUACUUACAACCCUCGCAAUUUUGAGCCAAUUUGUCUUCCAAAUUGUUUUGCUCUCACUUCCUCCGUAUGGAUAUUUCCUGGAUGAAAUACAAAUUUUCCAAUAUGGAUGUAAAAAUAUCACGAUGGGCACACUCUUUCAGCAAUUUUCCCUCAUUCCCUUAUCCGCCCUGAAUGCCCUGGACAUCAUGCGAUGGGUACUUCCGGACCUUGUCCUAUUUGCAGCUACAACCUGUGUGUACUACUACACCCACAAUAAGACGUACACCAAACCCAAACGAUUGUUCAAAUCAGUGUACAAAAAGUUUGGCAGCUAUGUCACCUUGACCUUAUUUUUGGUCACGGCAGCGCUCGAACCAUCCAUAAUAAACUCGGCGUACUAUCUAAUUUUUCUCUUUGGGUGUACUGCCUGGUCACUCAACAUCUUCUCAAAGCGGAUUCUCAUCUUCCUCUUUGCAAUUGGAAGCUUCAACGCUUUCCUCCAAAUACUGGCCACGUAUGUUUAUCAGAUCAGUCUCGGGAGGCUCUUUAUAGAUUUCAAUUUUAACAUGAGGUUGCUGGGGCUGGUGGAUUUUGUAGAGUACGAUUGCACCAAGGAUGACCGCGUUCUCGUCAUAAAUGACAAUCUAAAAUUAAGCACAUGGCUGAGCCCUGUCGCUAUCCUGCUCCUCUUUCACCUCACAGUGUAUCAGAUUUACUUUCUCCUGAGAAAGGAUCCGCCCGAGGGUCAUUAUAAACGUAGACGCGCCGGUAGUGAACGUGUACCUCUUAUGGUGUCUGGAGAGAAUAAUUAUGGCUCCAUUAUUGAGCAACAGCAGCAGCAUCAACCACCACCUCAGAGUAGCUCAAGGCCUCCGUCAACAAUUACUACCGCGUCCACAAAACAUCUCCAGCUCUUCACCACCGCCCUUUUGAAGACAUUAAAUCUCUUUAUAAAAUCCAGCUACAUUGGAACCAAUAUCAUAAUGAUGGCAUGGUCAAUCACCUAUCAUUCAUGGUUGACCUUCAUUCUCCUCAUUGCGGCCUGUUUGCUCUGGAUGUUCCCAAAUCAGAGACGGGCGAUGUUACUUUCAUCCCCGAUAUUGGUCAUUUAUGCGGAAAUCUUGCUGCUUAUCCAAUAUGUGUACUGCUUGCAAUACGACUUUCCUAAAUUCAUUGAUGGAAUUAAUCUAACCGAAAUAGGGUUGGCGAAGGAUCCCAACUGCUUUAAGGCCAUUAUGGUCAAGAGUUGUUAUGCCGUAAUGUUCUGGAUCACUCUUCGUCAAUAUGUUACCGAAAAGACUACGACUUCUAGUCUCAUUGAGAAUGCGGCACAAGAAUCCUUCCGCGUUGUGGUAUCAAAUCAACCAGCAGAGCUUAUAGUCAAAGGGAAGGAACACUGGUUGAAGAGCAUUUUGAUAAAGCUAUGGAUUUGGGUGGUUGCCAUUAUGCUGUUCAUUAUAGGACUUGGAGGGGGAGAUAAAGUGGUUUUGUACAGAAUCGUGUACAUGGCUCUGUUUCUUGUGUUCAUUAUCACAUUCCAGCUGUCCUACAAUUGCUGGCGCAGAAUGUUGUAUUCGUUCUGGCUCACCGUCAUCAUUUAUUCAAUGCUCGUUUUGGUACUUAUCUACACUUAUCAAUUUGAGGAUAUUCCACAGUAUCUGAAUAAAACUGGGAUACCUGAACAACUACAAAAAGAUAUUGGACUUGAAAAAUUUGAUACUGGGGACUUAUUCGUUCGACUUCUCACACCAACAUUUUUCCUAAUCAUCACUGUAAUUCAGCUUCACUAUUUUCACAAAGAUUUCCUCAAAAUAUCAGAAAUUAUUGGGCAUGCAGCAGAAGAAGCUCCGCCCGAAGAAAUCAUCGUGGAAGACAACAAGAACUUUACUAAAUCUAUUAAGCUCUAUGCAAAAAUCAUGUACAAAAAAGCUGUUCUGGUUUACAAAGUGGGAUCUGAAAUAUGUUGGAAGUUGUUGGAAAUCCACAUUGGCAAAAUUGUCAUCACCUCCGUUUUCAUUCUGAGUGUCUUUGAUAAAAGUUUGCUACACUUUCCGCUCUGCAUUUUUGCAGUGAUUGCAACGGUUUCGUUGCAGACAAUGUUAAUUCACCUUUGCUCCAUUUACAUUUGUAUCUUGUUCCUGCUAAAGAUGAUUUACCAGAUAGACUACAUUGAACACUCUGCAUACAAUAAUGAUGGGUGCAACGCUACACAGCAAAAUGACGCUGAAUGGUUGGGAUUCUUUAAGAUUGAUGGGGAAAGAUUUAACUCACUCAUAUCCAUCCUUAGCGGAUAUAUUGGCUUGAUUGCAAUUUUAACGCUCCAAGGAGUUAUAAAGAUUCGUCGUCAAUUUCGACGCAGAGCUGCUGGCACUGAUAACAUUGUGUUCCCAAACAUUACACGUCCAGAUGCAGACAAAGGAUUGAUUCCAAUGGUCCAGUUCCUUGUAAACUAUAUUUUUCAUAAAUUUGGUGUCGAGACCACACUAGUAACAUUGGUUCUAGUAAUUGGAACACGCCUCGACUUUUUUUCUGUUUUAUACUCUGCUUGGCUCGUCCCAAUGUUUUGGAUGAGCCGAAAGCAACUCCAAUUUAAAAUUUGGAUGCCAUUCAUAACUUUUUUGACAAUACUGCUUCCCCUGCAAUAUCUCUCUAGUGUCGGAAUUCCGCCGUUUUUGUGUGUUGAUUACCCGUGGACUCCGCUGGAUCCCGAACUUAAGGGGUGGUUGUUCUUACCAGACUUUGUAGCACCUCCGGACAUUUCAAGACUUGUCCCGGAUUUUAUACUCCUCCUAAUAUGCACUUGCCAGCAUAAAGUGUUCCGAGCUGAAGAAGCUUUGGAGGGCGAGGCUGGAUCAAAUGAUGAAAUUUUAUCAAACACGGUAGAAGGAAAUCUUAAUCCAACCCCGGAUUUCCUUUCCACAAGUCACACCGUCCGUGAAGAACAAAAAACGCUCAACAGUAUCAAAAAGUCGGUCUUGCUCUCCUUCUACUGGCUCACUCUGGGCAUUAUAUUUCUCACGGGGACUAAUCGAGUGAACUUAUUUGCUCUUGGAUAUCUCGUGGGAAGUUUCAUCUUUCUCUGGGAAGGGAAUGAGUUUUAUCUUCGAGAGAAAGUUGACAUUAUCAAGCGAUGGAAUAUUCUUCUGUCUUAUAAUGUUUUCGUCAUCUGCAUCAAGUGUUUAUUACAACUCGUGGGUUGCGUAUUCUUGCCUGCGUUGCAGUACAACUUUUGUUGGCUCAUUCAACUGUUUGGAAUUGCUUGUCUUAACAAAUUCAAGAGUGAAAGUUCCUACGAAAUCAACAGAGGUCUCUUGGACGGGUCAAGCAAUCAACAGUGUGAUGUACCGCAUGAUGAAGCAGGAAUGGUGUGGGACGGCAUCACGUUCGCCUUUCUCAUUCUUCAGCGAAGAAUAUUCUUCAGCUACUACUUUUUCCACAUUCGUGCGGAAACUGAAGUUCAAGCUAAAUUAGCCUCCAGAGGGGCCGAACUAAUCGAGGAACUCAUGCAAAACCAAAUCCGCCAACAGGAAGAAGUCGAAAAACAAGUAUUGGAAAAGAUCAAGAUGAAAAUGGACCGAAUUAAAGCAACACAUGACAAGCAAAAUAAUAAGGAUAACCAUUUCGACGCAAUCCGCUCAGGAGAUUAUUACAUGUUCAACAAUGAGGACGAUAACAUUGGCAUGAUUGAUGACGAGGAGGACAAGGAGGACGACGAAGAAGUUGCAAACAAAAGACAUUCUUCUGGAGUUACUAUUAGCGAGUUGAUGAGCACUGCAUUGAAAACCGGGGAUGUUGCUGCUGCUGCUACAAGGAAACGUUCCUUCCUUCGAAAAGCGUCUCGUGCAUCGGUGGGGGAAGAAGAUGAAAUUGCAGAGGAAGAAGACGACGGAGGAGAAGCACAAGGAAAAAAGCCCACAGUUUGGAAACGCCUUUAUGGUUAUAUGCGAUUCAGUUGGGCUCUGGUCGAAAGUCUCAUGGUGAGCAUGACAAGUUGGUUGGAUAAGUUUUCCAAAGAUUAUCGACAUGUGUCAAAGUGUUUGACAAAAGAGAGGAGUGCUAUAAAAGAGCAGGACAGCAUGUCGUCGUCAUCAUCCUCGGAGAAUAUUGAUGAAAGCAGGGACGAUUUGCAAACCGUUAUCGACUUGAGAGAGGAAGUCGAAGAGGAGGAAGAGGAAAAAUCGAAUGCUUUUAUAAAACUUGUUGUGUCCUUGUGGUAUGUGAUCAUCUCGCAUUCCGACCUAGUCUGCUACUUUGUCGUUUUUCUGAACCAAAUCAAGUCUGCAAGUAUCUUGUCACUUCCUUUGCCAUUGAUGGUCCUACUUUGGGGAUCACUCUCCGUUCCAAGACCUACAAAGACGUUCUGGGUCACCAUUAUUGCUUACACAGAAGCCAUGGUGGUCCUAAAAUACCUUUUCCAAUUUGACUUUUUUCCUUGGAAUGGAAAAGCGAUUCAAGUAAAGAAAGAUCCGUUUUGGCCUCCCAAAAUCCUUGGAAUUGAGAAACAAGAGAAAUAUGCGGUUUACGACGUGGUCUUACUCAUGGUUGUAUUUUUCCACCGAUUUAUGCUCAAGUCGCUUGGACUUUGGAAAAAUAACUCUUCUACUCAACAGCUCAAAUUUCAACAGUUAGAACAGCAGCAGCAACAAUUGAUGGCUUUACAACAAGAACAUCAAGCACGAUUACAACAGCAACAAACAAAUUCCACGUCAGCGUCGUCUUCAUCGGACGAAAAAUUAGUGGAUAGAGUUCUCUGGGAAGAAAUUAAUUAUUUUAGUUAUGUUAAACUAUGUGUCACAAAGUACGUCUCAUCAAUCCAAAUAUUUUUCUCGCAAAUCCUCAAUCUUGAGUACAAAGUGAAAGUAGAUGUGUAUUCCUACAUGUUUAUGUGUGACUUUUUCAACUUUCUCGUGGUCAUUUUUGGAUUUGCGUCAUUUGGAUCUCAAGAUGGUGAUGUGAGCCGUUACUUAGAAGAGAACAAAGUUCCGGUACCCUUUCUGGUCAUGGUUAUUUUGCAAUUCGCUCUCAUAGUCAUUGACAGAGCAUUGUACUUGAGGAAAGAUAUCAUGGGAAAAUUCUUCUUUCAAAUCGCUCUUGCUACAUUCGUACACAUAGCAAUGUUUUUUAUACUUCCAUCAGUUACAGAAAGAGAUUUCAAUGCAAAUCUUCCUCCACAAAUGUGGUACUUUGUGAAGUGCAUAUAUUUGUUGCUCUCAGCAUAUCAAAUUCGUUCUGGAUAUCCCACCAGAAUUUUGGGGAAUUUCUUGUGUAAAAAGUAUAAUUACUUGAACAUGUUCCUUUUCAAGGGUUUUAUGGCAGUUCCAUUCUUAUUUGAAUUAAGAGCAUUGAUGGACUGGAUUUGGACCGAGACAAGCAUGACGCUCUCGGAUUGGUUAAAGCUUGAAGAUAUUUUCGCCCAUAUAUUUCAACUUAAGUGUCAAAGACGCGUUGAGCAAGAGUAUCCUCAAGGAAGAGGCCAAUCGAAACCACGGUGGUCAAAAUACACUAUUGGUGGUGGUUCACUAUUUCUCAUAAUUGCCAUCAUUUGGUUCCCACUCGUCCUCUUUGCGUUGGGUAACACGGUCGGAAUUGCAAACAAACCAUUGGACAUAUCACUUGAAAUAACUCUGGGAAGCUACCAACCAAUUUACACAAUGUCGGCUCAGAAAAAUUCUCUUCAGCAAUUUUCCAACGCGAAUUGGGAAAACUUGGAGUACUUUUACCGGAAGGAUAAAUCAGGACUCAACUUUUUAUCCAAUUACGAGUGGGAGGACGUUUGGGUUGCCAGACUCAACGGAAAUAGCUCUGGGGUGUGGGGGAUAUCACCUCCCAGCAAGGAAAAGUUGAUAGAGGAGCUCAGUUCAAAAGAUAACUCUGUCGGUGUUCGUUUAACAUGGGCGGUUUCGAGGGACUCGUCCAACCCAAAUGUUCAAGGGAUUGCUCGCGGAAAGGGGGACGAAAUUAAGUUGACUCCUGAAAACAGAGAAAAUAUUAUUCAAAUGAUCAAUGGGACUGGAAAUUCUACGCAGCCCAUCAAAAUUAUGUCAGCUUUUCCCAAGGUUUUGCGGGUUUCGAACUUGGGAAAAGCAGAAGUAGCGUAUGCCCUCAACCAAGCCUUGAUUGACGACCGUCAUUGGCGAUUCAAUAAAAUGACGCAACCGGUUGAUUCCACCAUCACGAAUGUUCCGGCCUCCAAUGCUGUUCUUCGAAAUUUGACGCUCAAGUUGGAGAGGAGUGUGAACGGGGAGGAGUGGUGGGUGGUGGAGGAGGAUUGCAAUGAGCAGGAAAAAUCUCACGGUCUCCCUCUCUCAGACCGAUGUGCACAUCUGAACCUUUACACUUUUAAUGAGAAGGCUUUCCCACCCACGCUAUCGUUCAUUUCUGGAGGAGGCAUUAUCGGCCUCUACACAACGCUCGUACUGGUUGCGAGUAAAUUUGUUCGAGGUUUCUUUUCCGGAAUCUCGUUUCUCAUCAUGUUUGACGAUAUGCCAAAUGUAGACAGAAUUUUCCAGUUGUGCUUGGACAUUUAUUUGGUUCGUGAAAGUGGUGAAUUAGCUUUGGAAGAAGAUCUAUUUGCAAAACUCAUCUUUUUGUAUAGAAGUCCCGAAACGUUGAUUAAAUGGACUCGUCCAAAAACUGAAAUCAAAAAUGAAUAAUAUAGACUUUUUUAAAACCCCCCUUCUUUUUAUAUGUUUACGUGUUGUUUGUACGUUGUAAAAAUAAACAUUGUCACGUGAGUUAUCAAAUAAAUAAUUGUUCCUCGGAACAUGAAUUAUUAUAA